AUGUCAUCCACUCUGUAUCAGCGAUCGUAUCUUCCCAAUUCCGGGCGUCAAGUGCUAGGCAAUGUGAACGAGAACGAUUCAUCAAGUUUCGAUGGGAGCAAAAUUGAUCAAGUGAAUGCCUUGCUCGAAGAUUUGGACGGCAAAUUCGACAACAUCUGCAGCGUCCUCAAGGCCGAAUUGAAUCAGCACAAAUGUCAGCAAGAAGAAAUUCUUUCCACGGAACUUGUCAAGCUACCGAGAUCAAUCAAGCAAAUGACAGUGAAAGACUUUAAUGAAUCACACGGCUGUGAUUUGCUGGCCAUUCUCAAGAGCAAGGACGGAGUCAUCCCAUCCAGCAAUACGAACUUAAUCCCUAUGAAGCGAGCCUUCAAUUCAGUGAUGUCAACUCCUUCUAUCCGACCUAGCAAUCCUGCUUUGCAAGGAUCAGUAUUGCGCACAGUCAGAAAGGGAGAAGGAAUUUACUCUCAAAAUGGAUCACCACUGGAGAGUUUUGAAAAGGGAUCCGUUAUCGCCACAGUUUCCAAGAAGAGACGAGGAAAUGAAAGUGAAAGCGCAAGUUUUGAGAUCAGUGUGGGAGAUGGAAAAUUCAUCUCUCUUACUGAUCCAUCAGGAGUUCAAGGAUUGGACAGCAACAUGAAAGCUACUGCAGCCACUCAACUCAAGGUCCUACAGGACCAGAUGGCAAGCUUGAUGGCACAAUUGACCGAUUAA